AUGGAGUCAGUAUAUACUGUUUUUGACAUAAAUGAUAAAAUAGUGUUCUCAACAACAGACAAUGGAUCAAAUUUUGUCAAGAGUUUUAAAGUAUAUGAAUCGGACGAUUUUGAUAUAAGUGAUGAAAAUACAGAUGGUACAGCUUAUGUAAAUAUUGCAGACCUAUUUGAUGAAGCAGAAGAUAUAGAUUAUAUUCUACCCAAGCAUCAUAGAUGUGCUGCGCAUACUUUGAAUCUAAUUGCAACCAAUGACAUAGAAAAAGAGUUGGCUUCUGUAAAAAGUAAAUCUUUAACACUAUGGAACUACAAACAGCAAUGUAGAGCUACUUUUGCUAAAGCUAAUAAUCUAUGGAACAAACAAAACCGCUAUACUCAAGUUGCAGACAGUAUUAAAGAAUGUUUUGAUUGUGUGACUCAAUUGGUGUUGUGCGUUUUAAAAAAGAAGAUAUUGAUUUUAUGGAAGAUUAUGUAA